AUGCUUUCUCCGUGGGCUGACGUGCUCCAGACAGCACAAACAAUCCGCGCUAAACUGAACACUCAAGCAUCUACUCAUAGCACACAAUGUGCACACUCUGUGCACCCUGCUGCCUUGUCUAGCAUCCCCGAUCUACACCUACCUACCGAGUUGGAACUGUUUCCGGAGGAGCUGCAACCUGUCCAUCCUCGCCUUCUUGCUGCAGUUUCAAGAGCGACGGCAAAACUGCGUGAUUCUUGUCAAACAAAGUAUCAUGAAACCUGCCGAAGUCUUAUAAUGUUUGACGAGCCGUCUGGCCUUAGGCCACUACACGAGUAUCAGGAGGCUUUUCAGAAGGGAUUAUAUCAUCUUUACCUUGAACAAAUAAAGUCGUGGGUCAAUAACGUGGUUAAGGCAAAUGCUUCGAUACACAGUUCAAUCGCAAAACAACCUAAAUCGUGCACUUUCGAGAAGGAGACAGAAAAAAAGGUUGGUUUCAAAAACGAAUGUUUACCAAUACUUGAACUGUGCUUUUCUAAAUGUCAGUAUCCUACCCAUGCGGACAAGGAGCUUUUGGCAAAGAAGACAGGCAUGUCAUACAAACAGAUUCACGUCUGGUUUCAGAACAGACGUUCACGAACAAAGAAGAACAAUGCUUUGAGCCUAGAUAAUCAGGUUGCACCAGGUUUAUUGUCAGCAAGUGUGCCGAAAGCAGCUGCGUUUGUAGGACACAACCCACCCUAUGUUUACCCAUCAACCUACCCACCCAAAUUUGCACUUGAAGUGGAUCCUUUCCCAUGUCGAGCUGGGGAUUUUUCAAGUUUUGAAGUGCCACGUUGGCGCCGUCAGCCAGCUUCGAGCCCGAAUCUACAGAAAUUGAACAGGGUGGACGUAUCUGCACUCUGUCUUGCGUUUGCAAACCUUAGCCUUGACGAUUCUGCAGAGUGUUUGCAGAAGCAGACUGCUCAUUGUGGGGCUACUUUGCAUAGGCCUUCGAAGGAGACCACCUGUAGUGUUGCAUGGCCGUUUGUAGUCCGUCCAUUACGUGCACCAUUGUCGUCUCUCAUCAAGAGUUUUGUGCCUUGUGUUGAGUGUCGCUCCAACACUCCAAAACACUCCAAGGGACCAGAAACAGCUUCUCCAGCAUCUGCUGAUGAAAGCACCACAGAGCCGAACACACAGAGGACAAGACGUCGACGACUACCUGCAUCACGUGCAGCCAAAGGUUCAACUAACAAGAACUCGAGUCUAUCACUGCACGUAUCACUAUCGGAAGCAAUCACUUCACUGUCAGCUAGUGACCCAGCAGCUUGUAUUUUGCGGCCCAGGUCCAGAGUUAAAAAGGCAAAAGGGGUUACUCAGCGUGACGUAGCUGUAUUGCCAUUGCAAUGCAAAACAAACUGUAUCAUACCUGAAGCGGUUGCUGCUGAGCAAUUAUCAGAACCACCAUAUCCCCAUACAUCUCCAGCAGCAUCUACUGACUCGCUGCCAUCCUUAACAUACUCGUCGGCAGGCUCUUCUGCAUCAGCAUGUUCUCAGUCCCCCACACCGUCUUUUGCCACUCUGUCCGAUGACGGGCAUUGUUUAUCAUUGGACGACUCGGAUAACCAGGCAUGCAAGUCUUCGUUGAACCUCUCCUCGCCGCAUACCGUUCCUGACAAGCUUCAGCCGUUGUUGUUCGCCUCGAACAAGCCUUUUGACUUCACAAAGGGACCAUCAGAUCAGUUAUUUGGUUUGAAUUUACCUGUAUACCCAUCUUACACUGAAUCUUUCGACUUAAUCUUGCAAGGAUUGCAAUCGUCACCCGACUUUCCUCCCCCGUCUCUAACAUUUGACUUGCCUUCCCUCGCGAUGUAA